CAGACCGAGCUGCUGCCGCCGCCGCCGCCUCAGUCAGUCAGUCAGUCCCCAGCAAUGGCGGAAGGAGGUGAGCGAGAGGAGCUGCUCUCGCCACCGCCGGUCUCUCCGGCAAAGCGGUUGUGCUCAUGGCCCAGCCCGCAGGCUCGCCACCCCCGCGGUUCUCCGGGGGCUACUAGCGGAGGGGCGGGGGGCGUCGGCAGCAGCUGCCUGGCCCCGGGGGCCCGCCCCCACCUGCAGCCGGAGUCCUUGCUGGACUGCGCCGCCAAGACGGUGGCGGAAAAGUGGGCGUACGAACGGGUGGAGGAGCGCUUCGAGCGGAUCCCGGAGCCGGUGCAGCGCCGCAUCGUCUACUGGUCCUUCCCGCGGAAUGAGCGGGAGAUCUGCAUGUACUCCAGCUUCCAGUACCGGGGCGGCCCCGGCCCCGGCGCCGGCGCGGCUGGCGGCGCCACGGGGGCUUCGCCGGCCGAGGAGGGGCCGCCGCCACCCCCCGGGGCCGCUGCUCCGGCCGGCUCCGCCCCCGGGGCCGCUUCGGCGGGGGCAUCCCCUGGGCUAGGCACUGGGGCUGGCGCGGCUGGUGGCGGCAGUAGCGGCGGCGAAGGUCUGCCAUUCCGCCGGGGCAUCCGUCUGCUGGACAGCGGCUCCGUGGAGAACGUGCUGCAAGUAGGCUUUCAUCUGAGUGGCACAGUAACUGAGCCACCCACUGCUUCUGAACCAGCAGUGACUUACAAAGUUGCAAUCAGUUUUGAUCGAUGCAAAAUCACUUCAGUGACAUGUGGCUGUGGGAAUAAGGACAUAUUCUACUGUGCUCAUGUGGUAGCACUCUCACUCUACAGGAUCCGGAAGCCAGACCAAGUCAAAUUGCGUCUUCCUAUCUCGGAAACCCUUUUCCAGAUGAAUAGGGACCAGCUACAGAAGUUUAUUCAAUAUUUAAUCACGGCACACCACACUGAAGUUCUUCCUACUGCACAAAAGCUGGCAGAUGAGAUUCUGUCCUCCAACUCAGAAAUCAACCAAGUGAAUGGUGCCCCUGAUCCCACAGCUGGGGCCAGCAUUGAUGAUGAGAACUGUUGGCACUUAGAUGAGGAACAGGUAAAAGAACAAGUGAAGCUCUUUCUCUCCCAGGGAGGUUACUAUGGCUCUGGAAAGCAGCUCAACUCAAUGUUUGCCAAGGUUCGAGAGAUGCUACGGAUGAGAGAUUCUAAUGGAGCCAGGAUGCUGACACUUAUAACUGAGCAGUUUAUGGCUGACCCACGACUCACACUUUGGAGGCAGCAAGGAACAAGCAUGACAGACAAGUGCAGGCAGCUCUGGGAUGAACUAGGGGCUUUAUGGGUGUGCAUAAUUUUAAAUCCACACUGCAAACUGGAGGAGAAGUCCUGUUGGCUGCAGCAGCUGCAGAAGUGGAGCGACCUGGAUGUCUGUCCCCUGGAGGAUGGGAACUAUGGGCAUGAACUUCCCAACAUCACCAAUGCACUUCCCCAGAAUGGCAAUCACAGCCCAGACUCCUUAUCCAGACCAAGACGAACAGUGUUCACUAGAGCCAUCGAGGGCCGUGAGUUACAUUGGCAGGACAGCCACCUACAGAGAAUAAUCAGCAGUGAUAUAUAUACAGCUCCUGCCUGCCAACGAGAAAGUGAGCGACUACUCUUUAAUUCCCAUGGCCAGCCACUGUGGCUUGAGCAUGUGCCUACAGCUUGCGCUCGUGUCGAUGCCUUGCGUUCUCAUGGUUAUCCAAAAGAGGCCCUCAGACUCACGGUGGCCAUUAUUAAUACUCUGAGGUUGCAACAGCAGCGGCAGCUGGAAAUCUACAAGCAUCAGAAGAAAGAACUGUUGCAGAGAGGAACCACAACCAUCACAAACCUGGAGGGCUGGGUGGGCCACCCCCUGGAUCCCAUUGGCUGCCUGUUUCUCACUUUGACUGAAGCCUGCCGCCUGAAUGAUGAUGGCUAUAUGGAAGUGUCAGAUAUGAGUGAAAGCAGACUCCCUGUGUACCAGCAUGUACCUGUGGCUACAGACUGUGCAAACAGCAGUGAGUCCUACCUGUCAUUAGCCCUGGAAGUUGCUUUGAUGGGCAUGGGUCAACAGAGGGUAAUGCCUGAAGGCCUCUAUGCACAGGACAAAGUAUGUCGUAAUGAGGAACAACUUCUAAGCCAACUCCAGGAACUGCAGCUGGACGAUGAGCUAGUACAAACACUGCGGAAACAGUGCAUCUUGCUACUAGAAGGAGGCCCCUUCAGUGGUCUAGGAGAAGUCAUCCACCGAGAGAGUGUCCCCAUGCAUACCUUUGCCAAGUAUUUGUUCUCAGCUUUGCUGCCUCAUGAUCCAGAUCUGUCCUAUAAAUUAGCCCUUCGUGCCAUGAGGUUACCUGUUCUAGAAAAUUCAGCUUCUGCAGGCGACACUUCCCACCCUCACCAUAUGGUGUCUGUGGUACCCAGCCGUUAUCCUCGUUGGUUUACACUUGGACAUCUGGAAUCACAGCAAUGUGAACUAGCCUCCACAAUGCUGACUGCUGCCAAAGGGGAUACUCUGAGACUCCGAACUAUUCUGGAAGCAAUACAGAAGCACAUCCAUUCUUCCUCCCUCAUCUUUAAACUGGCCCAAGAUGCAUUCAAGAUUGCUACUCCCACGGACAGUGGUACAGACAGCACCUUGCUCAACGUAGCCCUGGAGCUAGGAUUACAGGUGAUGCGGAUGACCUUAUCAACCCUUAACUGGAGGCGCAGGGAAAUGGUACGAUGGUUGGUGACCUGUGCUACAGAAGUGGGUGUGCGGGCCCUGGUGAGCAUCUUGCAGAGCUGGUAUACACUCUUCACCCCCACCGAGGCUACUAGUAUUGUAGCUGCUACAGCUGUAUCCCAUACCACUAUCCUGCGUCUCAGUCUUGAUUACCCACAGCGGGAGGAACUGGCUAGUUGUGCUCGCACACUGGCCCUGCAGUGUGCUAUGAAGGAUCCACAGAGCUGUGCCCUGUCAGCCCUCACACUCUGUGAGAAAGACCACAUCGCCUUUGAGGCAGCCUACCAGAUUGCCAUUGAUGCUGCCGCUGGUGGUAUGACCCAUUCACAGCUGUUCACCAUUGCCCGCUACAUGGAGCUCCGUGGCUAUCCGCUACGUGCCUUCAAGCUGGCCUCACUGGCCAUGAGCCAUCUUAACCUGGCCUAUAACCAGGACACCCACCCGGCCAUUAAUGAUGUGCUCUGGGCUUGUGCCCUCAGCCACUCGCUGGGCAAGAAUGAGUUGGCAGCCCUCAUCCCCCUAGUGGUGAAGAGUGUGCAUUGUGCCACUGUGCUUUCAGACAUCCUGCGGCGCUGCACAGUGACUGCACCUGGCCUGGCUGGCAUCCCAGGCCGCCGCAGCUCUGGAAAGCUCAUGUCAACUGACAAAGCUCCAUUGCGCCAGCUGCUGGAUGCCACCAUCAAUGCCUAUAUCAACACUACACACUCACGCCUGACACACAUCAGCCCUCGCCACUAUGGAGAGUUCAUUGAGUUUCUGAGCAAGGCUCGGGAGACUUUCCUGCUGCCGCAGGAUGGCCACUUGCAAUUUGCUCAGUUCAUUGACAACCUCAAACAGAUUUACAAAGGCAAGAAGAAGCUGAUGCUGCUGGUUCGAGAGCGCUUUGGCUGAGAAAGCAGAUAGCUUACUUCCAGGGCAGCCUGGGCAUCCAGGUACCAUCAAGUCAGGCCAAGGACACUGAAGCAUUUGUCUACCCUGGGAGGACUCUGAGCACCUAUGGCUGAGGCCAAAGGACCACAGGGCUAAGAUUAGAAAGAGUCCAACUCUAGCCAAUUUUUAUGCCUUGGCAAACUUCUCACUACAGCCCACUGUUCCUGGAGGAGCUGGGCCCUGCAGAUUGAUCAGAAAUCCCACAACAUGCCACCUCACGCCCCUAUAUCCUGCGUGUCCUGGGCAUUGGCCCUAUCUCCCUUGGCAAACACAGACACUGUUCCGUCUCAGGGAUUGCUUAACCAGAGAAACAGAAGCAUUUAUGGUACUGUAAAUAUUAUAGUAUAUGUGUUGCCAAUAAUUGUAAAGUUGUAACUAUUUAUAAUUCUGGUUCUGAUUUGAUGGGCACUUAAAGUAGCUGUGGGUGGGAGGAUAGGCUUGUUUUCUGAGGAGACUCACAACCAUUUCUCAGGUUUCCCUUGCAGAGUGUAUGCUGUUAGCAAUGGACAAGUAGGGGUGGCAGGGAGAAAAAUGGCCAAUUAAAAUGAAUCCCAAGCUUGUCUAUGCAGAAACCCCAGCCUGUAAACAGGGCAUCUGUAGUCCAGUGGUGGGUGAGGGAGAGGCCAAUACUGGACUUAAGAUUCUCUUGCUAUGAGGACACUGAACUCUUGAUCCUGCCUCACACAACCUCUCCAGGAGCCUGCUGGACACCUCAGUAACAAGUGCAGGGAGAAAGUGAAGGUCUGGGAAGCCAUUUGAGCUCAUAAUAUUCAUCUACUCUGGUCACCUUUAUGUUAGAGAGUAUCUGGUUUCAUCUCUAAUUUGUGUAUGUGAUACAUGUGUGCGUUGGACUGUGGGUUUGUGUGUUCACUGUUUCAUUUGUGCAUGUGUGAAAAUACAUAACUAAGUGUACUCAUGUUUGCAUGAUUAGUAUAUGUGUGUAUCUGGGCACAUGAGUACAAGUUAUAAAUGACUGUGUCUGUGUGUGUAUGCCUGCUGUUCAUGGAUCUGUGUGUCUUUAUAAGUGUAACUGAGAUAUUUCUACAUGGGUAUGUCUGUAUUCAUGUUGGAAGAUCUGCAUGAAUGUGUCCCUUCUUUUUCUGCCAGAUCUCUCUUCCCCCUUCCUCUCAAUCUCUCUCAACAACUGAACAUUUGUUCCCAUCUCUAUGCACCUCCCUUCACCAUUCUUUCUUGACAAACAAGCUUCUAAGCACCAGUGUCCCCUCUGUUCUAAGAUUGGCUACUUCAGCUCUACAAUUCUCAUCCAUACGUGCUUUCUCCCCCUGCCUUUCUACCUCAAGCUUCCUCUGCCUGCUUUUGUCAUAGUCCCAGCGGUCACUGAUUUGGAGAUUAAGGCUGGUAUCCCUUGGCCUUUCCCUUUUCCAUCAAGUGGGCAACCCUUAUCUUAGCCCUAACUGACUUCCACAGUGUAUCAUGUUCCUGCUACCUUCCUGACCCUGGAGUUCAACCUGGAGUUAUUAUAGGAGGUAGCAAGAGCAUUCAGAAGAGUCAAUUGGAUACCAGUGUCUUGGGUGUUUACUGUUUUUUGUGUCUUAGUUCCUGAGUUGGGAUGGGGUUUGAUAGGGAAUGGGUGAUAUAGCUAGCGUGUGAACCAAGAACCUGUCUGCUUUAUUUUCCUCUUGGAAAACUGUUUGUCAUCUUUUUUAUUCCAAACUGACCAGAAAGUUGUAUUUGCUGUUUGUGGCUACUAAAGUCUUGCCCUCCAGCCAAGGGCCCCUACAACAUCUCAGCCCCAUGGGUUGGUAAACAAGAGAAGCCACUUCCAUUUCUGUAUCACGAUUGCCCUUUUUUAGCAAGUGUGUGAAUUCACAGUGCUUUUCUAUGAAUAAAUCAUGAAUCACAGAAAAGAUCAUUUUUCUAAAAGUAGAACUUGUGUUCUCUCAAUAAAUGAGGCCCUUCUCUGCUUCUGCAUUGCUCUA